AUGCUGGUCUACAUCGACGACAUCUUAAUUUACUCCCGGAGCCUGGCCGAACAUCGCCACCACGUUGUGGAGGUCCUCAAGCACCUGAGACAAUUCCACCUCUUUCUGAAGGCUGAAAAGUGUUCAUUCCACCAACCCUCUGUACACUUCCUUGGUUACAUCAUUGACCACAGUGGCAUCCGGAUGGACGAGGGGAAGGUGGAAGCUAUCAAGUCCUGGCCAACUCCAUCCACCAUUAAAGAACUCCAACGCUUCCUUGGUUUUGCAAAUUUCUACCGUCGCUUCAUCAAGAACUACAGCUCCAUUGCUCAUCCACUUACCAACCUGCUUCGAAACCAGCCCAAGUCUCUGUCCUGGAACCCAGCUGCCACCAACGCCUUUAACAUCCUCAGAGAAGCCUUCACCACCGCUCCCCUCCUCGUCCACCCUAAUCCCGAUCUGCCGUUCAUAGUGGAGGUGGACACCUCCAUCACAGGAGUCAACUACGACAUUGGCAACCGAGAACUCCUAGCCGUGAAGCUGGCAUUGGAAGAAUGGAGGCAUUGGCUGGAGGGAGCUAAACAUCCAUUCCUUGUCCUUACUGACCAUAAGAACUUGGAGUACCUACGAGCUGCUAAAAGACUGAACCCAAGACAAGCACGCUGGGCCCUAUUCUUCUCCCGUUUCGACUUCUCCAUUUCCUACCAUCCAGGCUCUAAAAAUGUGAAAGCGGACGUUCUAUCUUGCCUCCAUUCUCCAGAGGAGAAACCCAAAGAACCAGAGACCAUCCUCCCAAGCUCCAUCAUCGUAAGUCCUAUCUCCUGGUCUGAAGAGACAUUACCCUCCUCCAAUGCCUCCACGAACGAAAUGGAGCAAACUCUAUAUUUCAUUCUUCUUCUCAUUGCUCUCUGCUCCAUAUCUGAAUGUGUUCAGCAUCAGUAUCACUUUAUAAACGUGAAGAAGACCUGGACUGAAGCUCAGAGAUACUGCAGAGAGAAUUACACAGAUCUGGCCACCGUUGACAACAUGAACGACAUGAACGAGCUGAAGAAGAUUGUGAAUGAUGGACAUGUCUGGAUUGGGCUGCAGAGGAAGUGGCAGUGGUCUUCAGGUGAUCCUGCGCUCUAUCUGAACUGGGCUCCUGGACAACCUGAAGGCAGACAUGAUUGUGCUAUGAUGAGAAAUGGACAAUGGCAUGAUUUGCCAUGUGAUAACACCCGGGCUUUCAUCUGUAGUUCAUCUAACAACACGAACACAGGACUCGUCUUUGUCAAUCAGGUGAAGAAUUGGAGAGAUGCUCAGAGUUACUGCAGACAGAAACACAUUGAUCUGGUCAGUGUGAGGAACCAGAAUGAGAGUCAACAGCUUCAGCAGUUCAUCACUGAUAGUCGCAUAUCUGGUGAUGUCUGGAUCGGUCUGUUCAGAGACUCAUGGCAGUGGUCAGAUCAGAGUAACUCCUCAUUCAGAUACUGGAAUACUGGUGAACCUAAUAAUGCUGGAGGAAAUGAAAACUGUGCAGAGAUUCCGAACGCUCAGGGACAAUGGAAUGACGUCUCUUGCAACAGAGAGUUUCCUUUUGUGUGUUAUGAAGAUAAACUGAUUCUGAUCAAAGAGAAGCUGACAUGGUCUGAAGCUCUGAGAUACUGCAGACAGAAUCAUGUGGAUCUGGUCUCGGUUCAUUCAGGAGAGAUUCAGCGUGAGGUGAUGAAUGUGGUUAAACAGGCGUCUACUGAGGCGGUGUGGUUGGGUUUACGUCACUCCUGCACUGUGGGCCUCUGGUUCUGGGUGAGCGGACAGACCGUGUGCUAUCAGAACUGGGCCAUUGAUGAUUCAGAGAACUGUGAUUCUGCAGUGAGAUCUGGAGCAGUUCAGUCUGGAGGAGAUCAGCGCUGGAUCAGCCGUCCUGAGACUGACAGACUCAACUUCAUCUGCAGCAGAUAUGGAGAGUGAACGGAUACACAUAAGUUUCAUGUAAGAUAACAAAUGGUUGUGUGUUCACUUCAGCUUGCCUGCAUGAACU